CACACCGGAAGUAAAACAUUAGCAGACAGUUCGGUAAACGCGUAAGGUAAAAAUAUUGGCUUCUGUUGUUUUAGGUUUAGUGUCCAAGUUAGCGCAGUUUGCUCUUUAUUAAGCCCAAAUCUGCUACGUCAUGAACUGUCGGGUUAGCAAGAUCCACCUUUAGACAUCUGUAGUCCUCCCCUGUCGGGAUAAUGUCUGACCGAGGCGAGCACGGCCGUGAGCCGGCCGGACUGGACGGCCUCCCGCCGCUGCACAGCAUUGCCAAAGGAGAGGUGGUGUCCGUGCAAACCUAUGGAGCCUUUGUCCGACUGCCGGGUUACAAGAAGGAAGGUUUGGUUCAUGUGAGUGAGAUGUCUGCCUCUAGAGUGGAAAACCCCUCUGAGAUCGUGGACGUUGGAGAGCGUGUGUGGAUCAAAGUCCUCGGGCGAGAGAUUCAAGGCGACAAGGUGAAGCUGUCCUUCUCCAUGAAGGCUGUAAAUCAGGGGACGGGACAGGACCUGGACCCCAACAAUGUCAUGGCAGAUCAGGAUGCGAGGCGACGCAUGAAGUUCAGAGAUCACAGCAGCAACAGGAUCACUCUGGAGGCUGUGCUCAACACAACGUGUUCAAAGUGCGGCUGCAAAGGUCACUUUACAAAGGAUUGUUUCUCCGCGCCGGGCUUGCAGUACGCCCUCGUGCCCGAAGAGGAGGACGAAGAGCCAGAGCAGCAGCAGCCAGCCGCAGUCAGACCAGCGCAGGACUCCGACAAAAAGAAGAAAAAGAAGGAAAAGAAAAUGAAGAAGAAGAAGAAGAGGGAGAGAAAGGAGUCGGACAGCGACAGCAGCAGCGAAUGCAAAUCGAAGAGGAGGCGUCAUAGCAACAGCCUCGACAGACAGGAUAAAAAAAAGAAGAAACACAAGAAACAGAAAUCACAUAAACACGACUGAGACGGCCGGAAAACCACACACACACACACACUACACACACACACGCCUCCAGUCAACCACCCAACCACUUUCAGGCUCAUGCAAAUGUUGGUAAAACAGAGCGGUAGGCUGGCAGCCAACUGAUCUGUUCAUUAUUUCUAAUUAACCACAAGCUAAUUAUAGAAAAAUCUGUUGUAAUCAAGCUGUUUUGUUUGGAU